ACCAAUAGAGACCGACUUUGUUGCGUGAUUCGCUUUCCUCCUGAAUCAUGGCAGACGAUGAUGAGACAGCAACAAAAGAAGCUGAAGAGCACGAUGUAUGCGGCAGCGAUUGUGAGAAUGAAGAGGACGAUGCACAUAGCAAAGAAAAGAUCCCAGGGGAUGAGAUGGGAGCAAAGAAGAAGAAAAGGAAACCAAAGCGGAAGAAGGAAAAAGGUGGGAAGCUAGACUCGGACGAUCAUUCAAAGGCUAACUCGUUGCCAGCCGAGAAGCUCCAAGAGAUCCAGAAGGCCAUUGAACUGUUUUCUGUUGGUCAAGGUCCAGCAAAGAGUAUGGAGGAGGCAACCAAACGCAGUUACCAGUUCUGGGAUACCCAGCCAGUGCCAAAACUUGGUGAAGUAGUGACUGUGCAUGGCCCUAUUGAGCCAGACAAGGCUAAUAUUCGACAAGAGCCCUACAGUCUACCACAAGGGUUUCUGUGGGAUGCCCUAGAUCUUGGGAAUGCUGAAGUGCUGAAAGAGCUGUACACAUUGCUGAAUGAGAACUAUGUGGAGGAUGAUGACAACAUGUUUAGGUUUGAUUACUCGCCUGAAUUCUUAUUGUGGGCUCUGCGUCCUCCUGGUUGGUUACUCCAGUGGCACUGUGGAGUACGUGUUGUCUCCAACAAAAAAUUAGUGGGCUUUAUCAGUGCCAUUCCAGCUAAUAUUCAGAUUUACGAUCACCAAAAGAAGAUGGUGGAAAUUAACUUCCUGUGUGUGCAUAAAAAGCUACGAGCUAAACGGGUGGCUCCAGUCUUGAUCCGGGAGAUCACCAGGAGAGUCAACCUUGAGGGCAGCUAUCAGGCUGUGUACACUGCAGGCGUGGUGUUACCUAAACCCGUAGGCACUUGCAGAUACUGGCAUAGAUCACUGAACCCACGCAAACUAGUUGAGGUGAAAUUCUCUCAUCUGAGCAGAAACAUGACUAUGCAACGAACAAUGAAACUAUAUAGACUACCAGAGACACCAAAAACACCUGGUCUGAGGCCGAUGGUACGCAAGGAUGUGAAGAGUGUGUGCAGACUGUUGAGAGAAUAUUUGAAGCAAUUCUAUCUGACUCCAAUAAUGAAUGAAGAGGAGGUCGCUCACUGGUUCUUGCCUCAGGAAAAUAUUAUAGAAACUUAUGUGGUUGAGAGCCCUGAAGGAGAAUUGACAGACUUCAUCAGUUUUUACACUCUUCCUUCCACCAUCAUGCACCAUCCUGUUCACAAGAGCCUGAAAGCUGCUUACUCUUUUUAUAAUGUCCAUACCAAGACUCCUCUUGUUGACCUCAUGAACGAUGGCCUCAUCCUUGCAAAGUCGAAAGGUUUUGAUGUUUUCAAUGCACUGGAUCUAAUGGAAAAUAAGACCUUCCUAGAAAAGCUGAAAUUUGGAAUUGGAGACGGCAACUUGCAGUAUUAUCUGUACAAUUGGAAGUGCCCCAGUAUGGCUCCUGAAAAGGUUGGGCUCGUGCUGCAGUAGAGUUGCUAAAAAUGGAGCUGGGAUGAGCCACCAAUCAGCCAUAUCAGAAAUGCAUUCUGGCCUGACACUGCUGAACCUGGAAGCUCAUGAGGAAUGGGAAGGAAUGAAGCCCAUGGCUUACAGAUUAUAGUGUCCUACAUACUCAUUAUUCUGCCCAACUCUGUCAAAAUCAUUUAUGCAUUAAACAUGAUUUUAAUAAAUGGAUUAGAACCAGUCAAAUUGGAAAAGGCGAUGUCAAGCGUGUCCAAAGAUUGAAGCAGUGUUUUAUAUCUCUGAGCUUUGACCAAGAUAUCCCUCACCCAAAAAUGCCACAUUGACAAAAGCAGGUCUAAUUUCUUAAUAUUGUUAGCCGGGUAAUUAUCAGUGGAUGAUUGUCUUUUCACGGAGCCUUUGGAUGAUCUCAUUUAUGGAGCAUGCUUUGAACAAUCUUGAGCAGCAGUUCCAGUGCAGAGGUCCUGCUGGAAUACAGAUGGGGGGUUUUCCAGAUUUUAAGAGCUUUGGGGUUCUAUGAAACUGCAUAUUACCAAAAUGUAUCGUCUUCACACACCUUUAAUGUAUGUUUGAGAGAGGCUACCAAGUUAAACACGGGAAGAGUAAUUUGCAGUGUUGAAAGGGGGUUGAACCUUGUAUUAGGCUUUGGACUAAUAUGCAAACAUACAACAGUGAAAACUAUUGUUUAGCUUAGGAAAUAAAAUGUUUCCAACAUCUAGAAGUCAGCAAUGUAGUUAAGAAUGGGGUAUUCCUUCCAAGGUGUAAUACUGUAUUUUUCCCUUCUCAUUUUGCUGUCUUUCUCUUUCUACACACUCUUAACUUAGUGUAUAUGCAGCUUUCCUGACUUUAAAGUUUUGAAGUGAAAGAUCUAAAUUGAUAAGCUGUGUAAAGUACCCUGUACAAUUGAAAAGACUAUCUGUACUAUCACUGUAUUGUAGAGAACUUGUUUUUGAAAUAUGAAUCUGGUUCACAAUUGACAGUUUAAUGAUCAUUAGAGCUUGGCCAAUGAAUGAGAAGUACAGGUAUCUUAAUGGUACCAUUUGUUUCUAAAGUGCAUUCUUUUAAUGUAUUCCAAAGAUCUAAAUUAUCUUGGCCCUUUCAACUACUUGAAGUAACUCAAUUUUUGGAUGAUUUUCUAUUUUAAUUUGAUUGUAAAUCAU